AUGUCUCUUCCGUGGAUACGCCUGAUCCGGUUCGAGGCAGUCGACGGCCGUAUCCUGCCGGGGGAGCCUGUAAUACCCGAAAGCAAACAAAUCGACCUCGGUUUUGUCACAGAAGCUGACCACCUUCAGGCCAGAAUCCUUGUCGGUGACGACAUAUUUGACGUAACAGGCGAGACCAAAUUGUCAACGGAGAUGGUAUUGGUCAAGAAGAUCCUCUCGCCCUUGGCCUCUAGCGACGUGCCUAUUUUGCGUUGUGUGGGUUUAAACUAUGCCAAGCACAUCAAGGAAGCAGGACGCAAGCGCCCCCCGUUCCCAUUCAUUUUCUUUAAGCCCAACACCACUGUCCAGGAUCACGGUGCAGCUGUUGUGAUCCCCAAGGUUGCGCAAAACAACCAGGCUGACUACGAAGGAGAAUUGUGCAUGGUGAUCGGGAAGGACGCUAAGGAUGUCCCAGUGGAGGAUGCCCUGGAUUAUGUCGCUGCAUAUACUGCUGGGAAUGACAUCUCCUCGAGAAAACUUCAACGGGAUCCUGCCUAUGCUGGCGUUGUUCCCCAGUGGGGCUUUUCUAAGGGCUUUGACACCUUCGCUCCUCUCGGCCCAGUGUUGGUUGCGGCCUCCGAGAUCAAAGACCCGAGUUUACUACAGUUGAAGACAUUUGUUGAUGGUGAAUUGCGCCAAGAAGAAGGUCUAUCCGAUUUAUUAUUCGACUGCAAAUAUUUGGUCUCCUUCUUGUCUCAAGGUACUACACUUCAAAAGGGUAGCGUGAUCAUGACUGGUACACCUGGCGGUAAGUGCAUGCAGCCAUCCACCCUGAACCCCUCCGUCCACGAAAUGCAAGUGGAGCCAAUUAAGAAACUGUCACUUACUUUAUUUCAAGGGGUCGGUGCCGGUUUGAAUCCUCCAAAGUACUUGGUCCCUGGAACCCAAAUGGAUGUGUUUAUCUCAGAGAUUGGCACGUUGAGGAAUGACGUAGUUUUCGCUUGA